AUGACCAGAUUCAAGAUAAUUCAGUUCCGCGGUAUACAGGCCCCCGCAUUACAGGCAAUCCAGGAUAAUAAGAGCCCCAUGGUGGCAGUGAUAUCUAUCAGGAAGGACAAGAGUAUGUUGUUUAUAUUACCUGUAUUCGCGGAGCCCGGGGGCGUGAUAAUUAUAGUAAUUCUAUUGAUAUCAUUGUAUCAGGAUAUGAUCUGGCAGUGCCAGACAUUGGGUAUAUCAUGCCAGUUAAACUAUGCCUAUAUACAGAUAGUGUUAUUAACCGCUAUAUUGCCUCCCUGGUUAGAGACCCCAUUAUUCUGUCGGAUAGGUUAUGCCCGGGACCGUCCUAAUAUAGUAAUUAUAUAUAGCUAUGUAGUAAGCCACGUUACAGGUAUUGCCUGGAUUGAUAAGCUAUCUAUAUUAUACCAGUUUAUACAGGAAAAGACCACAGUGAUUGCCGCUACCAGUAUAUUGGAAAUAGAGAUAGAUAUCCCCAAUAUCUAUAGUAUUAUCUAUAUUGAGAUGCCGCGGACAUUGUUGGAUUAUGCGCAGGAGAAUAGACAAGCUGGCCGCAAUGGCUACCGCAGCAAGGCCAUUAUUAUUUAA